AUGUCAUUUCAGCAGAAGUAUAUGACGAAGCGGGUCUUCCUAGCCUGUUACCUGGUUAGUGCGUUCCUAUACCAAGUAACACAAGCUCAACCAGUAGAGUGUGUCAUUGACGACGAGUCUGAUGGGGUGAACCAGUGCGAGAGCGGGUACUACUGCGUACCAGAAAAGUACGUCUGCAGAAAGUGCAUCGAUUGUGAGGAGCUGAAGCGUGAAACACGGGUCGGUGCACCAAUUUGCAUCCAAUCCGUGGCGAACUGCGGAUCAUGUCUCAAAGGGUUAAUACCAGAUUUGGGAACCGGCAUCGAAUGCGUGUCGCCCGAUUCGGCUACUCAAGAUGGGUUGCCAGCUUAUGUAUGGGCUGCGGUUGUCGUGGGACUAAUACUCUUUUUGCUGGUGGUAUUCAUCGUGGUCUACGUGUUGCGUAACACCUACACAUUUAAAAUAUUAGCCUCAACUCGUACUUCAGUACAGUCGCCAUGUAAUAGAAACACCAACGGAGCCUCCGCCCCAGAGGCACCGCCCCCAUAUAACGCUCUGUACACGCCUGUGAGGCCUUCAUCACCUCCUGGCGACGUAGCUCCAAAUAAUGAACCUUGGAGCUACGUGAAACGAGCUGGUAGUACCCGCAUCGGAACGGAAGGACGAGAGUCAGCCGGUAGUCAGGCGGCUCGUGUCUUCAGCAACCCUAACUACGUUCGUGGAGCGCAUAUUCCAGACUUGCCCAGUUACGAUGCAGCAAGUGAAGAGGAACGUGAUGUGCUACCCCACAGUGAAGAUACUAUGGAGAGCACUUGGACUCCGGCCGCAGACGACAACCAUAAUCCGGUUUCGGUGUCGAGCGGAGGUGGAGAGCUAUCAACUCUUCUGUCGGCUGCGCGAAACACCUCGCUGUUGCGUGCGCCCCACAAUGCUACACAGCACUGCGCUUCACAGGAUACAAAUAAUAACAGGAGCGCGGGGGACGGUCUCGGCGCCGCCGAGAGCGCUCCCUCCAGCAGCGGCCCUUCAUUCAUCAUCAACGUGGUGCAGAACAUCAACGCGUUACAACAGCAGAACGACGUCACGUUAUAG